CCUCCAUUCACUAUCGUUGCGACGCUGUUCACUGCACUUCCACGUCAGCUCCGCGACGCUGAAGGAAACUGCCCCAUAGUUUCACCCACCGUUCUGUGAACACUAUUGUCCUGUCGAGUCGAACUUAAAUCAACCACCACAAUACCAAGGUACACCUCGAGAAUUCCUCGAUAUUCAAACCACAUCUGCCAUCGCGCCACCCAAGCGCAUAUUCAACGACGUCGAUGGCGACCCACCAGCAUCAAUCUCCCACUACCGUCAUGCCUCAACAUCACCCUCCGCCGCAGGGUCAUGUCCAGGCGAACGGUCAUCCUUCGAACCCUGCGCCUACAAUCAUCCAGCGAAUGGCCCAGGCGAACGAAGCUGCGUGGUAUCAAGCCGGCCAACUUGCCGAAGUUCUCGGAAAUUUGGACGAUGCGAUCCAAUCCUACCAGGAGGUGAUUCGACAUAACCCGUACUCGGUUCCCGCCAUGAUUGCCAUCUCGCACAUCUUGCGCAGCAGGGAUCAAUUCCCGCAAGCGGUGGAUGUCCUUCGCAGCAUCCUCAAAUUAGAACCGAACAGUGGCGAAGUAUGGGGUAGUCUAGGACAUUGCUACCUGAUGAUGGACAACCUUCAGGAUGCGUACUCCGCAUACCAGCAAGCCAUCUACCAUCUUCCGGAUCCAAAGGAGCCCAAAUUGUGGUAUGGCAUCGGCAUCCUUUACGACCGUUAUGGAUCCUUGGAGCAUGCCGAGGAUGCCUUCUCCCAGGUCAUGCGCAUGGAUCCGACGUUCGAGAAGGCCAAUGAAAUCUACUUCCGAUUGGGUAUCAUUUACAAACAACAACAAAAAUAUCCCGCAAGUUUGGAUUGCUUCUCAUACAUUGUCAAUGACCCGCCUCGCCCACUGACAGAGGAGGAUAUCUGGUUCCAGAUUGGCCAUGUUCAUGAACAACAAAAAGACUAUGAAGCCGCGAAAUCCGCAUACCGUCGCGUCCUCGACCGUGACCCGAAACAUGCGAAGGUCCUUCAGCAACUCGGCUGGUUGUAUCACCAAGAAAGCACCGACUUCCGAAAUCAAGACCAAGCCAUCGAAUACCUGGAGAAAUCCGUCGCAGCCGAUCAAACCGAUGCUCAAAGCUGGUACCUGCUCGGGCGCUGCUACAUGGCCCUCCAAAAGUACCCGAAGGCGUACGAAGCCUACCAGCAAGCGGUUUAUCGUGAUGGACGGAAUCCCACCUUCUGGUGCUCCAUCGGAGUACUGUAUUACCAGAUCAACCAGUACCGUGACGCUCUGGACGCAUACUCCCGGGCAAUCCGGCUGAAUCCCAACAUAUCCGAGGUCUGGUACGACUUGGGCACCCUGUACGAGUCCUGCAACAAUCAAACGGCGGAUGCCCUGGAUGCCUACACCCGCGCUGCUGAAUUGGAUCCGACGAACCACCAUAUCAAAGCUCGUCUCAACCUCCUGAAGAACGGGGGCCCGACCAAUGGGAUGCCAAACCAGAACAGCGCUCCCAUGCCACAGGAUGUGCAUCCAAACGCGUAUCAGCCGGCUCCCGUCCAAGGCCCUCCCGCCCCGCAAUGGAAUGGAUCGGCGGCUACGCAACAUCAGGCCCCUCCACCGCCAUCUUUUGACAAUUCGCGAAGACUGGCCGAAAUUCAACAGAAUGCUCAGCCACCGCAGCAACUGUCGUCGUUUGAUCAGCGAGAUGGUCGUGUUCAACCAAUUCCUCCUCCUCGCGCAGCGGUUCGUCCACCGAGUCCUCGACCGGAACCAGGCAGGACCUAUACCGACCCGGCUCGGAUGCAGCAGCAUCCUCCUCCCCCUCCGCCUCCGCCAAGGAAUCACUCCCCUUCGCCCAAGGCGCUCAACGCCCCGAGCCUCUCUCGUGGACCCUCAGGUCACCAGCCUGGCGGACCACCACCUCCGCCCAUGCUCUCCGCUAUCCAAGGUCCGCCCCCCCAGCCAUCCCCGGCAGCACCUCAGCGAAUCACCAACCCCAACUACGGUCCUGGCUCCAGCAAUUCGUCCGUGCAACCUUCGACUCCGCUGGCAGGUCCUCCCUUCCAACCUCCCAAUGUCCAUCGGGACUCCCCCGAGGUAAGACCCAUUGUAGACAACCGCCCUACGUCCGCGGGUUCCGGCUACCACCCACCUGGCUUCCCUCCUCACCCCGCGGGUCCGACCAGCCUUCCCCAGGGCGGGCCUCCACCCCUCACUACCCACCCCGUCGAACCAACCCGUGACCGCGAUGAUCGCAACCCCAUCGGACCCAAACGUUACCGCGAAUGGGAAGACCACGACACAAAAGGCCCUGGGCCGGACGAUUCGAAGCGCCAGCGCAUGUCCUCUCCACCUCCCCCACCACCACCACCGCAACCCGUGCGUCACUCGCCCGAGCAACCCCGCACCAUAUCCCCGCUUCAUCCGAAAGAUGAGCAGGACGCCGACGCGCGAAUGCACAAGCACCCUCUGUCUUCCGACGCUGGGGGCGCAUCCUCUCCCUACCAGCCAAGCGGCGCCGCGCAUACCCGGUACCAACCCCAUCCGCCGCCUCCACCUCCCGAAUACUCCUCCCAUCCGGCUACUCCUGUCGUUCGCCCUCCGUCCGCCACCCACGCUCCGCUCCCCGCGCCUCCUACGCCUACCCAUCAACCGACGCCGCCGCACCCUGCACCACAUCAGGUGCCGACGCCGCUGUCGACGGGCAGCAGCGCGCUUCCACCGAUGGAGCUGAAGGAGGGGAGCAAACCGCACGAACCGGAGCCGGCGGCGCGGCGCAUGGAGAUCGAUGAGAGCUAUGAGGAUGAGGAGGACGGCCGGAAGGCGGGGAGUGGGAAGGGGGAGGGGAAGGGGAGUCCGAGGGAGUAGUGGUGUGAGUUAUAUCGGCGUUGAUGAUGAAUGGAUGGGACGGAUGGAUGGAUGGGAUGGAUGGGGUGGAUGGAUGGAUGGAUGGGAAUUGGGGUUAUAUCGAGGAGUC